AUGGGAAAGACUAUCAGUAAAGCUUUUUUUUUUUAGCCUCCUAAAUAACCAAGCUACCAUUCUAAAAGCGACUUUUGGGUAGAUAAAUUAAUAUUUAUAAAUGAAGACUUUAGCACAAUUUAAAGGGAUUAAAGUAUUCCAUGCUUAUUUUGUCCUUAUUACUACCCAAACACGACCUAGAUAUCUAACUAAAUAUUGAUAUUUUUUCAUUCUACAGCUAGCGAUUUAGCUCAAGACCACCACUAUAUAUCUGAAAUACGUAACCAUUUGUAAGUUAGCGUUUUAGGAGUUGAAUAUCCAGGUUAUGGCAUUUACAAAGGGAAUCCUUCUCCAGAAGGUAUAGAGAAAGAUGCUCUUAUUGUAUAUAACUUUGUCAAUCAAUGCUUGUUAUAUCCUACUUAAGAUAUAAUAGUCAUGGGACUAUUAAUGGGUACUGGCCCUGCUUCUUAUUUGUGUUCUUAAGUUAAAUUUAGCCUUUUAAUAUUAAUAGUACCUUUUAAAUCUUGGAGAAGAGUAGCAAAAGAUCAUGCAUCAUUUUUAGGAAAUAUAGUUCCUAAAGACUACUUUAAUAAUUUUGAAAACUUAAAUAAAGGUAUAUUCAAUUGUAAAACAAUUGUUAUAGAUGACGGUCCAGAUGAAGAUCAAUGUGCUUAAUGUAGUCAUUUGUAUUUUGACAAGAUUUACUACAGUGAAUAAAUGUUUUUACAUUUUUACAAUAAAAUAAACCAACUUAAUAAAAUAAUGAAAUUUAGAUUUUUUCAUAAUAUGAAUCCUUUUUAACAUGACAUUUAUCUUCAUUGUAUAAAUCCUGUUUAAGAGAUUAUUAAAGAAUGGAAUAUUCAAUCUCACAAUAUUUCUUAUGAGCACACUUAGUAUAAGCUAUAAAAAAUUUAAGAAAGGUGUUAUUGA